AUAAACACCGGACAUGAGCCUCCAGGUUUGCGGCUGCUGCGGUUGGUCCAAAGUGACGACCUACCAUGGCCUGAGAGUUCACCAGGGGAGGAUGGGGUGCACAGAGAGGGGCGUGAGGGUUGAAGAGCAUGAACAGCAGAACCUGUGGGCUAAUGUGGGAUUUACAAACAAUCAAAAGGACAGUUUCGGUAUGGAUCUGUACGCUUCUAUCAGGAUUGACUACUACUCAGACAUGAGCCUGCGGGUUUGCCACUGUGGCUGGUCCAAAAUGACGACCUACCACGGCCUGAGAACUCACCAGGGGAAGAUGGGAUGCACGCCGAAGGGAAUAAGGAUCCCAGAGAGGGAACAGUUAAACUGGAAGAGUCCGAGGGAAGAAGUGGAUCAGAGGAAAUAUAAGCCAGCGAAGAGAACCGCUGUCAAAAAGGAGACUGCGCCAUCGCCACCAAUCACCAACAUGCGUACCAGCUCUGCAGCAACGACAGCCACAAUCAAGGCGGAGAACAAACCAUAUUUUGCAACUGAACAGUGCUCACGUCGUCAGCAGCAUGAUUUCUACGAUGAUGUGCAGGUGAAUAGACCAGUAAGAGAGCAUCAAACACCAACAUACCCUGCAACAGUAGUCCGACCUAAGGAGAAACAGUAUCAAGCAUUAUCACAGCCAGCAGACAGCAGAGCGAUGACUGGAAUUUGGAGCAUCAGCAGUCGUACCGACUCUGCAACAAGAGCAGCCAAAGUCAAGGAGGAGCCCAAAUCACGUGUGCAAAGAACCCAAAAAAUUCCACAACGGUCUUCUCAAAGAGCCACAAAGUCACACGUUCAGCCACAGGACUUGUCCACUGGGCUGCAGGGGAAUAGAUCGAGCAGGGAGCGUCCAAAUAUUCCACCCCAGGUAAAGAGUUUGGUCAGGGAGGGUCCAGCAGCCACAUACCCAGCAGCAGUAGUCCGACCUAAAGAAAAACAUCAUGUGGUUCAAACUUUAUCAAAGAAUGUGUCACCAAGCAUCGGCUCUGCAGCAGCAGCCAGAAUCAAGGAGGCGCCCGAAUCGCCUUUUGCAACCCCACAAUGGCCUUUCCAAAAAUCCACAAACUCAAAAGCAAGCCUUCAGUUGCAGGACUUGUCCACUGGGCUGCAGGUGAAUGGAUCUAGCAGGGGGCGUCAAACAACUCUACCUCUGGCAGCAGUCCAGCCGAAGGAGAGAAACAGGGAGCAUCAAACAUUGUCACAGGUGAACAGACCAGUUAGAGAGCGUCAAACACCAACAUACCCUGCAACAGUAGUCCGACCUAAGGAGAAACAGUAUCAAGCAUUAUCACAGCCAGCAGACAGCAGAGCGAUGACUGGAAAUUGGAGCAUCAGCAGUCGCACCGACUCUGCAACAAGAGCAGCCACAGUCAAGGAGGAGCCCAAAUCACCUUUAGAAAUUCCACGACGGUCUUCUCAAAGAGCCGCGAAGUCACGCGGUCAGCCGCAGGACUUGUCCACUGGGCUGCAGGUGAAUGGAGCUCCACCUCUCCACCAAACAACUCCACCUCCGGCAACAGCAGUCCAGCCGACGGAGAGAAACAGGGAGGAUCAAACAUUGUCACAGGCGAGGCAAAGCAGAGUUAAACCUGAAAUACCACCAAAACCGCAGCUGAGAGGGGAAAGAAUCAGUGAGAUCAGACAAUUGGAGACAGUCUGCGAGAGUGUCCCAGAUUCAAAAAGUACCAACACCCGAACAAAUUCAGCAGCAGCGGCAGAGACCACGGCAAAGGAGGAUACCAAAUCAUUGGGUGAAACUGCACAGCAUGAAUUCUCUGCCGGCAUGAAGGUGAAGGAGCUGGCCCGGAUGUUUUCGGCGACCACAACCCAGGAAGCGGCAGCCCGACCAAAGAGGAAACACAGACAGGAACGAGAGCUAUCAGAGGAGAUGCAGUUAGCCCAGAAGCUUUCAGCAACCACAGCCCAGGAAAGAUCAGUCCAACCAAAGGAGAAAAACAAGGAGGUCCAAAAACUGUCACAGAACGUGCCGGUUUCAACAAGUGCCACCACCCAAAUGAAUCCUGCAUCAGCAGAAGCCGCAACUGAGGAGGAUCCUACAUCAUCGAGUGAAGCUGCACAGCUCUCAGAUUCCUCCACUGGCUUGAAGGUGAAGGAACUAGCCCAGAUGUUUUCAGCGACCACAACCCAGGACACAGCAGCCCGACCCGACCUAUCGCAAGCAAAGUUUAUAUCCGGGAAGGUGUCACCUACCACAGUCAAGGAAACUGCAGUCCACCCAAAGGAGGAAGAAAAUGACGAUCAAAACCGAUCACAGAACGUGCCAGUUUCAACAAGUGCCACCACCCUAAUGAAUCCUGCAUCAGCAGAAGCCACAACUGAGGAGGCUCCUACAUCAUUGAGUGAAGCUGCACAGCUCUCAGAUUCCUCCACUGGCUUGAAGGUGAAGGAAUUGGCCCGGAUGUUUUCAGCAACCACAACCCAGGAAACUGCAGUCCAACCAAAGGGCAAAGACAGAGAGAAACAAAGACUAUCACAGAACGUGCCAGUUUCAACAAGUGCCACCACCCAAAUGAAUCAUGCAUCAGCAGAAGCCACAACGGAGGAGGUUCCUAAAUCAUGUGAAGGAACUGGCCCAGAUGUUUUCAGCGCCAACAACCCAGGAAACAGCCGUCCGACCAAAGCCCAAAGGCAAGGAGGAUCAAACCCCAUCAUAGGCACAGCACCGGUGCCUUGAUUGUGCUGUUUUUAGCCUGACCAGUCAAGAUUGAAAUAUCUCAACAGCUAAACGAUGGAAAUUUUUGCAGACAUUCACGGUGCCCAGAUAAUGAAUCAUAAUGAUUUUAGAUUCCCCCCAUCACCAAUAAGUUUUCCCUGAUCAUUUUAUUUAGUACUGUCAUCAGGUAGAAAUAUUUAUUUAUCUACUUAAGGGAACCUUGCUCAGCUGGAGAUCUGAAAUGUGGUGAAAUGUCAUAGUUCUAUAUGUCUAGAGAUUUAAGACCAAAAUCCCAAUUUACCCAGUUUGGCUCACUAUAGCACUGAUGCAGUAACUUUAUCCUGUACCCAUUGGUAGAAAACAAGUGGGUCAUCAACCCAAAACAUUAGUUUUUUUUACCCAUUUUUUAUAUUAUUUGUUUAACCUGAACAAAAUGUUUAUGAUGUAGGGUGUAGUGUGGAGUGUUGUGUGUAAAUAUAGGCUAAAUUGUACAUGUUUAAGUGUUUUUCCGAACUCUGGUGCAUGUAAACCACUGCACACAGAUGCUUUGUAUCUGCAGAUGGGAAGAAAGUGAGCAACAGAGGGAAGAAGCAGGAAGCUCCGGGGAGGUCUGGUAGAUCCUGGGGCUCAGCAGGCUGACCUCUGGGAAGUCUGACUGGGAGGUUGUUGACAGCUGCAAGACAGGAUGGGAUCUGAGUGUAACAAGAGGUGAUCCAAACCGCAAGGGGAAACUCUUGCUUCCCUAAUAGCAGUUACUGGGUCACUGGAAACGACGAGUGUGCAGCCCUGACAGCACCGCCGGUUUGUUCUUCCCGGAAAGGAAAAGCACAAAACGUGGGACUGUUUGUGCUUUAUGAGGAAAAUCUCGUCUUCUUGUACAAUCUCACAUCUACUCGUGUACUGAGUGUUCGUUCUCUCUCCGUUUGCACCUUAAAGGAGAUGCUGAAAGUGUUGAUCCUCUGAUUAUCCCACCUGUGAGAUACCAGGAAUUAUGCAUUAGAAUGUUAAUAUGAGGGUGUGUGUGUAUUUACUGUUUUCAUUGUUAAUGUCAGCAUUUUAUGGUUAAUGUUAGCACUUUUGUUAAAGCUACAUUUUGUUAAAUAAUAAUCAAGGCUGCACAGUUGCAGGUGUUGUGUCUUAAAGCACCUUGUAUGGUCGAGUUCCUACAUUUCCCAUAAUGCAGAUGCAUCAUGUCUGUAAAGCUCAAUUAAGUUGGCCUCUUGAUGAGUAAGCUGAACUGUUAUUGUGCUUUAAUGUUUUACUUAAUGUAAUGCAAAGGACUGCUCUAUAGUUGAUCUUACAAGAUCUGCAGUUUAUUUCUACAUACCUAAUUAAGGAUAUCCUUUAAAGUUUUCUGUAUAAUAAGGAAGUGUUUUUUUUUAUUAGAAUUCAUACAUCCUAUCAAAUCUGUAGUAGCUACUCCUCUAAGAGUCCACAGUCCAGGAACUAAAAGUUGGCUGCUUAUCCUUAAAGCGACACUUUGCAUAUUCAACUUUUCAUUUGUCUCUUAUUACAAACAAUAAAACACAGUGUUGCUCAAAAAGUUUAAUUGAAAAAA